AUGCCGUCUUCAAGCCCCUAUCGCCCGACGGAACCACCAGAUUCUCCGGUCCAUGAUUCCGACUCGGACGCCGAUCUCGACCUCCAGGAGCUAGAUCCCACCACCACCACCACCACCUCCUCCUCCUCCUCCUACGGCCCCGGCUCCAAGCUCCUGGGACGCAACCCGAGCCCUGAACAGCGAGCCCCGCGCAUUGCGCUACGGAAUCUUCGUAUGGGUGGUUCGAGGCGAGCCAGUGGACGAACACGACGGGGCUAUGGCGACCUCGGCCACGAUAGGGACGGCAAUGAGGAUGCGAUGGGCCUGUUAGACGACGGCGACGGCCAGCCACAGCGCUACUCGGACGGAAGCGGCCACGCCGGCGACGAUGCACCUCUGCUCAACGAGCAUGGCCAGGGCUCGCGCCGGAAGAGAUCGUUGGCCGGCGACAGGAUGCAGAAACUUGGCGCUUCCCUCCGACUGCCCAGUUUCAUGUCCAACACCAGCGCGAAUCGAGACGAAGACGACGACGACGAUGGGGCGGAACAGGAGGACGACGACCCUUCAGCAUCUCGAGCUGUCGCGGUUGGAGCUGCCCAGGCAACCCGCUUCCCGCCGAAUAUCGUCUCCAACGCCAAGUACACGGCCUUCACCUUCCUGCCCGUCACACUGUACAACGAAUUCUCCUUCUUCUUCAACAUGUACUUCUUGCUCGUUGCUCUGUCUCAAGCCAUCCCGCAACUGAGGAUAGGCUAUCUGAGUACCUACGUCGCUCCAUUAGCGUUCGUCCUCAUGAUCACGAUGGGGAAGGAAGCGUAUGACGACAUCGAGCGUAGGCGGAGGGACAACGAGGCCAACUCCGAGGAAUACACAGUCUUGCGCUUCGACGAGCCUGGCCCUCAGGAUCACCCAGCCUCGCGCUCACCUCGGAAGUUGAAGUCCUCAUCUAUGCGCAAAGGCCAGAAACGACCCUUGAACCGGGACAGGCUCUCGGAUAUUCGGGAAGAAGAGGAGCAGACCGAAAGCCAGGGGCUAGGCCAGCCGUCCUCCUACGUCGAGGAGAUCAGCAAGAAGUCUCGCGACCUCCGUGUGGGUGACGUGUUGAAGCUGGGCAAAGGACAACGUGUGCCAGCGGACGUGGUUAUCUUGAAAUGUCUUACCGAAGGAGCUGGCGGCGCCCCUCCGCAGACUUCGGAACCAGUUGAGGAAGAAUCGCUCUUGGUGGAUACGGAACAGAAUGGUUCGACAUCACGCAAGGGGAAGGCAACGGAGCAUAGCACCCCAACCGACGAAGGGAACCCAAGUGGAGAGACGUUCAUCCGGACUGACCAGCUUGAUGGUGAGACGGACUGGAAACUUCGCCUCGCUUCCGGUCUCACGCAGAAAUUACCCGUCGAGGAGCUGGUUCGUUUGAGGGUCAAUGGCGGUAAACCUGACAAGAAAGUGAACGAGUUCAUUGGGACCGUCGAACUGCUACCGACCAGACAACAAGCGCUCAAUCCUUACCCAGAUGAAGAAAAUGACAGCGAUAGGAGUAAUUCCGCUCCGCUUUCCAUCGACAACACGGCCUGGGCGAACACGGUUAUUGCGUCACAGGCUACGACGUUGGCACUCAUCCUGUACACCGGUCCCCAAACCCGUUCUGCUCUAUCUACUUCACCAUCUCGGUCCAAGACGGGCUUGCUCGAGUUUGAGAUUAAUUCGUUGACUAAGAUCCUCUGUGCUCUGACGCUCGGCCUCUCCAUUGUUCUUGUAGCGCUAGAGGGCUUCGGCAACACGGAGGGGAACGUGUGGUACGUCAAAAUAAUGCGGUUUUUGGUUCUUUUUUCAACUAUCGUACCCAUAAGUCUGCGGGUCAACCUGGACCUGGGCAAGAGUGUCUAUUCUUGGUUCAUCCAACGAGAUCCAGGGAUCCCAGGCGCCGUGGUGAGAACGAGUACUAUCCCAGAAGACCUCGGCCGUAUUGAAUAUCUGCUGAGCGACAAAACCGGGACACUCACCCAGAAUGAGAUGGAGAUGAAGAAGAUCCACGUCGGUACAGUAUCAUAUGCCAAUGACGCCAUGGAUGAGGUCUUAGCAUACGUCAAGCAUGGAUUCGCCGGAGCUGCGACCGAGAAGACGUUGGUAACGCCAUCAUCGGCCUACAGUACGACAGCUGGUGUCACAGCAACUCGCACUAGGCGAGAGAUUGGAUCCAGAGUCCGCGACGUCGUCCUAGCCCUCGCUCUGUGUCACAAUGUUACCCCUACCACAGAGGAGGAAGACGGUCAGACGGUUACUUCGUACCAGGCGUCCUCGCCUGAUGAAAUCGCCAUCGUUCGCUGGACUGAGUCUGUCGGCCUUCGCUUGGCUCACCGAGACCGAAAAGGCAUGAUCCUGGAGUCCACCGAGACUGGAAAGGCUGUUGUUCAGGUCAAGAUCCUCGAUGUCUUCCCUUUCACUUCCGAAGGCAAGAGGAUGGGAAUUAUCGUCCAGUUCUAUGAGCGCGCUCAGACCAGCCCAGAUCCCAAUCACGGAGAGACAUGGUUCUAUCAGAAAGGUGCCGACACUGUUAUGUCGUCCAUUGUAGCGGCAAACGACUGGCUUGACGAAGAGACUGCCAACAUGGCCCGGGAAGGCUUGAGAACUCUCGUGGUCGGUCGCAAGAAACUGUCUCCGGCCCAGUAUAGAGAAUUUGCUUCCAGUUAUCAAGAGGCAUCACUCGCGAUCAACGGACGUGACGCAGGUAUGCAAAGGGUAGUUUCCGAGCAUCUUGAACGAGACCUGGAGCUGCUAGGAGUUACUGGUGUCGAGGACAAGCUGCAAAGGGAUGUCAAGCCGUCCCUCGAGCUCUUGCGCAACGCGGGCAUCAAGAUUUGGAUGUUGACAGGUGACAAGGUCGAGACUGCUCGAUGUGUUGCUGUCAGCUCGAAGCUGGUUGCUCGAGGACAGUAUAUCUACACGAUCGCCAAGUUAAAGAGGAAGGAUAAUGCCCAGGACCAUCUGGACUUUCUCAGAAGCAAGACUGACUCUUGCUUGCUCAUUGAUGGUGAGAGCCUGGCUCUGUUCCUGACCCACUUCAGGACAGAGUUCAUCUCUGUUGCUGUACUCCUGCCAACGGUUGUCGCGUGUCGAUGCUCCCCGACGCAAAAAGCCGAGGUCGCCAAGUUGAUCAGGGAGUAUACCAAGAAGCGAGUAUGCUGUAUCGGUGACGGUGGCAAUGAUGUCUCCAUGAUUCAGGCCGCAGAUGUUGGUGUGGGUAUCGUUGGAAAGGAAGGACGACAGGCGAGUUUGGCUGCCGACUUCUCCAUCGAACAGUUUUGUCACCUCACGAAGCUUCUGGUUUGGCAUGGGCGAAACAGCUACAAACGCAGCGCUAAACUUGCCCAAUUCGUCAUCCAUCGUGGUCUCAUUGUCGCGGUCUGCCAGACAAUGUACAGCAUCGCGAUCAAAUUUGAACCCGAAGGGUUAUACAAGGAUUGGCUCCUGGUUGGUUAUGCCACGGUGUAUACUGCUGCACCCGUUCUGUCGCUGGUCCUUGACAAGGAUGUGGACGAAAAUCUAGCGAACCUAUACCCUGAGCUAUACAAAGAACUCACAUCUGGCCGGUCUCUCUCGUACCGCACCUUCUUCGUUUGGGUGUUAGUCUCCAUUUACCAGGGCGGUAUGAUACAAGGCCUUUCCCAGAUUCUUACCGAAGUCGACGGGCCGAGGAUGGUCGCAGUCAGCUACACAGUUCUUAUUCUCAAUGAACUGCUCAUGGUCGGCAUUGAGAUCACGACCUGGCACCCCGUUAUGAUCCUGAGCAUUGUUGGAACAUUCCUCGUCUAUGCUGCCUCGGUGCCCUUCCUCGGCGGGUACUUUGAUCUAGAUUUCCUUUUGAGCUGGGGCUUCGUCUGGCGCGUCUUCGCCAUCGCGGCUAUCUCGCUGAUACCCCCUUAUGCGGGCAAGUUGAUUAGGAGAACAAUGAAGCCGCCAUCGUACAGGAAGGUUCAGGGAAUCUGA